UUAGGCUGCUAGCCUCCUCCGGCUAGGCUGCUAGCUUCCUCCGGUUAGGCUGCUAGCUUCCUCCGGCUAGGCUGCUAGCUUCCUGCGGCUAGGCUGCUAGCUUCCUGCGGUUAGGCUGCUAGCUUCUAACUUUAAAAUGUCUUCUCUGUCCCGGUCCGGCUUGAGGAAGCUUCUACUCGGUCAGCAUCACAGCCGAGCUCCGCCGCAGAAAGCCGCCUUCAGUUCCUCCCAGUGCGGACAGCAGCCUCUGGGGAGGAGGAGGGUAGUGAUCACUGGGAUCGGACUGGUGUGUCCCCUGGGGACGGGGACUGCUCUGGUCUGGGACCGCCUCAUCAGGGGCCAGAGCGGGCUGGUGGCUCUGGACCCUGAGGAGUACAGAGGGGUCCCCUGUAAGGUGGCUGCCGUGGUGCCCAGAGGGUCUGAGGAGGGACACUUUAGCGAGGAGAGCUUCGCUCCCCGCGGGGAACUGAACAGCAUGUCCCCGGCCACCGUGAUGGCCCUGGGUGCCGCUCAGCUGGCUCUGGAGGACGCAGGCUGGAGCCCCCAAAGCCCAGAGGAGCACCUCAGCACCGGGGUGGCCGUGGGCAUGGGGAUGGUGUCCCUGGAGGAGAUCGCUCGCACCUCCGCCGCCUUCAGGGAGCGGGGCUACAGAGGGGUGAGCCCCUUCUUCGUUCCCCGCAUCCUGGUCAACAUGGCGGCGGGACACAUCAGCAUCAGACACGGCCUGAAGGGCCCCAACCACGCGGUGUCCACAGCCUGCACCACCGGGGCCCACGCCAUAGGGGACGCGGCGCGGUUCAUCGCGCACGGGGAUGCUGUUGCCAUGGUUACGGGUGGGACAGAGUCCUGCGUGAGUCCUCUGGCCGUAGCCGGCUUCGCCAGGGCGCGCGCGCUCUCCACCAGAUGGAACGAUGAGCCCCCCCUGGCCUCCAGACCCUUCCACCCGGACAGGGACGGCUUUGUGAUGGGGGAGGGGGCGGCGGUGGUCCUCCUGGAGGAGCUGGAGCACGCGCUGAGGAGGGAGGCCCGGAUCUACGCGGAGGUCCUGGGCUACGGCCUGUCGGGGGACGCCAGCCACAUCACUGCACCCACUGCAGACGGAGACGGAGCCUUCAGGUGCAUGGCUGCAGCCCUCAGAGACGCUGCGCUCUCUCCAGAUGAUGUCACUUACGUCAACGCCCACGCCACCUCCACGCCUUUAGGCGACGCUGCAGAAAACGCAGCCAUUAAGAGACUCUUCCAGCGCAGCACCGACCGCCUGGCGGUUUCUUCUACCAAAGGAGCCACGGGACACCUGCUGGGCGCCGCCGGGGCUCUGGAGGCGGCCUUCACCGCUCUGGCCUGCUACCAUGGGGAGCUGCCCCCAACCCUCAACCUGGACCGCACUGAGCCUGAGUUCAACCUGAACUACGUCCCCUGCAGAGCUCAAGCAUGGAGGACUGAGGGCCGGCGGGUGGCGCUCACUAACUCCUUCGGGUUUGGAGGCACCAACGCAUCGCUGUGUCUCAGCAGUUUCUCAGGCUAGAUGGAGUUUAGCUGCAUUUUCACCUUCUUUCAAUAAAAAAACAGGUUUUCUCAAAGAACGACAGAAAGUCGGCCUCCUGGUCCACCUGCUGCUGCUGGUUCUGGAUGAAAUCUGACUGGGAGGGACCAUAAGGUGGUCUGACGUCCAUGACAUGUUUUAAAUCACCAGAAAAGUUUAUGUAUGAAAUUUAAAGUUUAAUUAAUGAAUAAAGCAGGUUGUUUGCAAA